GUUGCAUUUGUCUGUUGCCAUGCAGGGCAUGCAACUCCGAGAGGACAGAAUAUUCGGCCCAAUCAGCGCUUCAAUGGGACAGGAUGUAAGGUUGAACUAAGACUUGUGCUGCGGUCUAUGCCACAGCCAUACUAUGAAGUGCUGAACAUAUCAGAGGUGCACAACCACAAAACAGGCCCUGAAAUUUAUGUAUGGUAUGCUAUGAAUCGUGCACUAACUGCUUCAGAAAAAGACCAACUUAAAGAUUUAAUUUCCUGCAAUGCAACAUCGAAAGACAUUAAGGAAGUUGUUCUGGAAAAAACUGGAAAAUUCAUUACUUCACAAGAUGUCAGAAACUUAAGGCAUGCAACAGUUAAAAAAAUAAAGGACAGUGCACAUCAUGGCGCGCUUCUGCUAGAAAAAAUAAAUAAAUUGUUUUCCGAAAACACUGGGUGGAAGGUGCAUAUAGAAAAAAAUGCAGAUAAUGAUCUUUUGUACAUAUUGCUGCAGUCAAAGCAUAUGGCCCAGUUAGCUGAAAAAUACCCUGAAGUAUUGUUUUUUGAUGGCACCUAUAAAGUAAAUAAAGAGGGGUAUAUCUUGCAUUCGGUUCUGUGUGAGGAUGGAACUAGCCAUGGCAGGCCCGUGUGUUAUGCAUUUGUUCAGCGGGAGACAUCUGAAAUAUUAAAGUCUUUCCUGGAGACAUUCCUGUGUUUGAAUCCUGUUGUAAAGAACAAGUGCAAAGUUGCAGUAAUGGACAAAGAUCUAAACGAAAUGAACAUAAUUACUCAGCUUCUGCCUGAAUGUAGGAUAUUGUUGUGUUCAUGGCAUGUACUAAAAUAUUUACACACCAAAGUUAUGCAACAUGAUUCAAAAAGCAUUGAUAAAAUGAGUGUAAAAGAUGUCAUUACCAAACUGGUUUUUGCACACACUGUGGACAUUUAUAAAGAGAACUUACUAAAUUUGGAAACAUUACUUAAGGAUGACAGAACCCUUCUGGAGUUUUUUUACAAAAACUGGCACAGUUGCAAGAGCAUGUGGGUUCAUGCUUAUCGUUCUAAUGUGCACAGUUUAGGAAAUAAUACUAAUAAUCGGAUGGAAAGUCAUAAUCAAAAGCUCAAGAGAUAUUUAAGGCGUGAAAUGCACUUGGUUGAAGCAGUGAAAGCUUUGGUAGGUUAUGUUACCCAUGAUGCUCUUUCAGUUAGCCAUGCCCAGUACAGAGAAACAAAGUUGUGCAUUGACACCAGCAAGACUGACACAUUUUACACGGAAGUUUCAGCAAAAUGUACAGAGUAUGCUAAAAGACUGGUAUGUAAAGAGUACGAAACAUACAAGAAAAAUCCAGGAAAAUGUUCAGCUUCUGGUGACAAACACGUUGUUUCUGUUAACAAUAAAUGCUAUGAAGUUAGCGAUAGAAUGAGAGCCUGCAUAUGCACAUUUAACAUGCAGUACAAGCUGCCUUGCAGGCAUAUUUUUGCUGCUAGGUCAGAAGAAAACGAGAAACUUUUCGAUGAGUGUUGUGUACCACAGCGCUGGCUGAAAUCUGAUUUUGUUGACACUGAUCUGACAAUGUCGACAGACAAACUAAACAUUCUCACAACGAGCAUAACAAAAAAGGCACAGCCAAAGCUUGAUACUCCAGAGGCUAGAUAUAAAUAUGUAUAUGCACGGCUCUUAGAACUCUCAAAGGCAACUGCAAACAUAUUAGCACAGUAUAGUGAAACUGAACUUAAUGAAAAGCUGGGAGAGUGUGAGGAUUUCUUUCACAACCUUGUGACUUAUUCUAGAAAUAAGAAAGAGCAUUCAACAUUUGAUGAAAUGGCACAAAGCAGUGAACAAGAAAUUAGUAUACAGGAAGAUGUAGAAAGUGAAGGAGAACUGAGCAUUUCAAAGAGUGAUGUAGACCCGGAUGACGGCAUUCCAGUGAAGUCUAUAAAUGAUAACUCCACUGAUCAAGACUGCAUUGCAGAUGAAUCACAAGACCUACCAGAUGUAAAUAACUGUACAAUAGUCUCACAUGCUCAAAAAAUAUGUCAGGCUCUUGCGAAAGGAUCAGACCCAAACCUCAUGCCUAGUAGUAAUGCUGCUCAGCAGCUAACAGUGCUUAGCAUCCCUCUUGUUCAAUCAGCUCGUGGCCGACCACGUAAGAGAAGACGCGUGGAUCAUACAAACCAAAGAGAAAAAAAAAGGUGUCUAACUGUUUCUGACAACUCUAAAUUUAAACAACAGGCCUCAUUGCCAGAUGUUUAUAGCAAAACAGCACAAGGAUGUAUUGAUAACAUUGCUGAAGCUAUUUGUGGUUCAGAUAAUUGCAACCCUUACAAAAUAAACACCUCUGAAUUAAAGGCCUUGCGAGGCACAGGGUGGCUGUCAGAUGCAAUUAUUAAUGCAGCAUUAUAUAUUAUAUCUCGUCAAUUUCCUGAUAUAGGUGGGUUUCAGGAUGUUCUUCUUGGGGAGAGGUUUAAAUUCAAGAAGCAAAACACCUUUAUUCAAAUCCUACACGUUCCUGGACAUUGGGUCACUGUUACAAACUAUGGAGCCCCUAAGGAUACUGUUUUUCUAUACGAUUCAUUGGAUCAGGCCAUUCCAGAUAGUGCAGUACAUCAAAUAAUCAACAUUGUGAAUCUUUCUUCUAAUGUUCUUAACGUUCAUGCUAAAGCAGCUCAGCGUCAAGAGAAUAGUUACGACUGCGGUGUUUUUGCUAUUGCAAAUGCAUUUACCAUUGCAUCUGGGGUCGACCCCUGCACGGCAACUUUUGACAAGUCCAAAAUGCGCAGGCACUUAAUAUCAUGUCUAGCAGAUAAUGAAAUGAUUCACUUCCCUUCUUCUGCCUUGCCAGUGCCUAGGGUAGAGCCAAAGUGGAAUUGCGUUUUUGUUCCAGAAUGA